CUUUGGAACCAAGUAGCCAUGAAGAUCAGCAGCACGCUGGUGAUCAUCCUGCUUUUUCAAGCCGCACUGGCCACGGUGAUCUUCGCGGAUGUGCACGCGACGUCCGUGGGUGAGGGCAAGGCCGUCAACAUCAACCCGGGGAAGCUGAAGUGCUGCAGUAACUGCAACUUCUCCUUCUCCGGCCUUUACACCUGUGACGACCUCGUCAUCAAAGAGUGCGACCCCAUCUGCAAAAGCUGCGACGUGGUGAAGACGUCCCCAGUCAAGGAGUACAAGUGCGCUGACACCUUUCUCGGCAUAUGCGACCCACCUUGCAAGUAGAACCACUAAUCGAUGGAGCUUCGGCUUAGUUGAGAUAGCUUCACCGCCUGUCGUGCAUGGAGUAUUAUAUAACCGUAAUAUAUGUCAUUAUAAGCGUGAUACAUGUCAAUGUUAUAGGCGAAACAAUAAGACAGGUUGUUUACGUGUGUGCGUUUAU